AUGGCGCCUAAAAAGAAAAGUUUAGUCUGGAAGUUUUACGACAGAAUUGAUGACAAUAAAUCUAAAUGUAAGUUAUGUCAAAAAGUUAUCAAGUGUACUGGAAAUACAACAAACUUAUUUGGGCAUAUUCGUAAUAUCCACAAGGCAGCUUACAUUGAAAUUGUUCCGUUUCAAAGGAGUAGUCCUUCGGAGAAAAAAAGUAUCACGCAAUCAGUUCGAGAGUCAGAUGCUUCAAGUUCCAAUGAGACACCUUGCAUUGGUAUUGUUAAUGAACUUAAAUCAGUUCAAUCUGAUUCCGAAACCGUUAUUCCUUCGACGAGUAGUUCUCAAAUUACUUCAAAACCGUUGGAUAAAGCUUUAGAUUCUGACUCGGAAGUAAUCCCUAUAAAACGUCAAAAAUCUAUCAAAACCAGUUUUCAAGAAAUCUCCUCUUAUUCAGAAUCAGGCAUGAAAACAAGAAAACUUAACAAUUGUUUGUUAUAUAUGAUUUGUAAAGAUCACCAGCCUUUCUGA